CAGUUUACUUUGAGCAGUGAGUGAGUUUGGUCUGGUUUUUCGUCAUUCGUCGGAAGCGCGUCUAUAUUUUCUGGUCAGGUCUAACGACACCCUUUUGUGCCCUUUUCUCCUGCCGAAGGAUAUACCGUUUGUUGGUUGGGAGACCGAAAUAUUUCCGUUUUCAAAUCUGAAAGUGUAGCAAAUUAUUGUGCAGUGUUUUUGAAAAAUUGUUUAUUCCACGUGUUUGGCCCAAAUUUUGUGUUUUUGUUUAUCGAAAGGAAGAGAAGAUCCCCUCUGUGAAAGGUUUCUAAUUUGCCUUUUUUAAUCAUAAAAAAGAUAAAGUGAAAAGUACAGCGCAACAGCGAUUGAAGGCAAAGAAAUUGUGCGUGCUACAGUGUGAACGUGUGUGACACAAAUACCGCAGAUCACCGCCGGGGUCUUCCGGAGUAGCGGCUGCGUCUCACCGCGGGAGGCACAAGGUUGGAUUGUUAUUCGAUCCGCAAACGUUAGAAUAUUAGCUGCUGCAACGGAAUAGCGAAGGUGUUUUGGAACGCAAAAGUCGAUCCUGGGCGAUCCGAGAAAAGACCGGCACCGGUGUAAUUCAGCGAAAUAUUGAUAUUUUUUUGCAAAUUUGAAUAAGAGCUUGUGAGUUGGUGACGGUUUUGUGACGAGGCAGUACGAGCUGGAGUUUUCCUCGCCCAUUGCAGCAGAAGCAGCAGCAACAAAAUAAAGAUAACAAAAAUGGCUUCCAUCCGAGGUGGCGGUGCAAAAACUCUAUCGGCAGAAGAACGGGCCGAGAUGAGGGAAAAAUUUGAAGAAAUCGAUACCAACAAAGACGGUCUGAUUGAGUUGAAAGAGCUGAAAGAUGCCCUGGAUCAGGUUGGUUUCAAACUGCCCGGUUACCAGGUCCGGUUGAUGAUUGACGAGUAUAGCAACAAGCAACGAUCACAGCACGUCGGUAAGCUGUCCUACGAUGAGUUCGAAACGCUCUGCAUGGACCUCAAAGCGAAGGACGUCGCCAGUACCUUCAAAGCGGUUGUCUCGAAAAAGGAAAAUCUGGAAACGCUGGGUGGCAUGUCAGAUUCAUCAGCCGCCGGUACGACACAUUCGGUACGCGUGGAGGAACAGUUAGCCUUCAGCGAUUGGAUCAAUUCCAAUCUAGGCUACGAUCUCGACUUGAAACAUCUGCUACCGCUGGAUCCGGAAGGAAAACAGUUGUAUGACAAAAUUAAGGAUGGCAUUUUGCUGUGCAAAAUCAUCAACCACUCCUGUCCGGACACGAUCGAUGAGCGAGCGAUCAACAAGAAAAACCUCACCGUUUACACCAAGUUCGAGAACUUGACACUGGCUCUGGUAUCCUCGCAGGCCAUCGGUUGUAACAUCGUCAAUAUCGACGCUCAUGAUUUGGCCAAGGGUAAACCCCAUCUUGUGUUGGGACUGCUGUGGCAGAUUAUCCGAAUCGGUUUGUUCAGCCAUAUCACCCUCGACAGUUGCCCGGGACUGGCCACACUACUCUCCGAUGGCGAACGUUUGGAGGAUUUGAUGAAACUGUCGCCGGAGGCAAUCCUGCUGCGGUGGGUCAAUCAUCAUCUGGAGCGAGCUGGAAUCGCCCGGCGCUGUACUAACUUCCAGAGUGACAUCUCCGAUUCCGAGGUGUAUACUUAUCUGUUGAGCCAGAUUGCACCCAAGGAUGCCGGUGUCACGGUGGAAGCCCUUAGGGAACCAAAUGCCAUCAACCGAGCAGAAGUCAUGCUCCAGCAGGCAGCCAAGUUGAACUGCCGCUCAUUCGUUACCCCGCAGGACGUCGUCAAUGGGGUGUACAAGCUCAAUUUAGCCUUCGUGGCGAAUCUUUUUAACAAUCAUCCGGGGCUGGACCAGCCGGAUGAAAUUGAAGGCCUCGAAGCGAUCGAGGAGACGCGCGAAGAAAAGACCUAUCGCAACUGGAUGAAUUCGAUGGGUGUGAAACCACACGUCAACUGGCUUUACUCCGAUCUUGCUGACGGGAUCAUCAUCUUUCAGCUGUUCGACAUUAUCCAACCCGGCAUUGUCAACUGGAAGAAAGUGCACCAAAAGUUCACCCCACUGCGCAAGUUUAUGGAGAAGUUGGAAAACUGCAACUACGCGGUCGAGCUGGGCAAGCAGCUCAAAUUUUCCCUGGUUGGUAUCGCCGGGCAGGAUCUGAGCGAUGGUAAUGCCACACUGACACUCGCCCUCAUCUGGCAGCUGAUGCGUGCAUACACACUCUCCAUCCUGUCACGGUUGGCCAACACCGGCAAUCCGAUCAUCGAGAGGGAAAUCGUCCAGUGGGUUAACUCGAAACUGCAGAGUGCCGGCAAGAGUACGAGCUUGAGGAAUUUCCAGGAUUCGAGCAUUUCCGAUGGAAAGGUCGUUAUCGACUUGAUCGAUACCAUCAAGCCGGGCAGUAUUAACUACGACAAUGUGAAAGCGGGUGGUAAUGCGGAGGAAAAUUUAGCGAACGCCAAAUACGCGGUCUCGAUGGCCCGCAAGAUCGGUGCCCGCGUGUACGCCCUACCGGAGGACAUUGCCGAGGUAAAGCCGAAGAUGAUUAUGACCGUGUUUGCGUGUCUGAUGGCCAUGGACUACGUGCCUAACAUGGACAGUGUGAAAAACAACGGCACUUCUGCCCCUGUGGUAGUAGCAACCGCGGCCGCCCCGGAACAACCGACCAUUAAGGUGUCUUCUCCCGUACAGGUAGAAGUAGUGGAGAACACGGCGGCGGUACCAGUGGUUAUCACUAACGGCGGUACUGCUACCAAUGGGAAUGGAGUAGUCGAUGAGGAAGGAGCAGAAUUGGUGGACGAGUUUGCCUAUUGAAGCCCCGGAGGCGGAUAGCGGGUAGGGCAUUCGACCGGGUCCGCGGUGAGCUUAGUCAGAAUGGGAGCGAGUAGUUAGGCAGAUAGAAUGAUUAUCUUUGUUUUUUUAGAUGGGAUAUAUUUUCUGUGACAUGUUUUUUUUCGUUUCAUUGAUGUUUCGCUGCAGCGUUGGAAAAAACACUGGUUUUCUUGUGAAGAACAUUUAUUCUGUAGCUGGUGUGAAACUGUGUAGGAAAGGAAAACAACAAUACAAGUUUUCCUUAAAAAGUAAUCUUUUCUUGUCGUGUAUUUAUAAUCUGUAAUAGGUUAGCGUGUACCAUAUUAUUUUAUAUAAUUUAGAGUAUUAGGCGAUUAAAGGUUCAACAAAUCACGGUUGAAUAGAUCAACAAAGUAACAAAAAUAUAUUAUUCGACAAACGUUCAAAGAGGAAAUUCGUUAUUUUGCUUAUAAUUUUGUCAUACUUCGGAUAAAAAAAUUGUUAUUUUUUUUUUGCUAAACUCAUUUAAAUCACUUAAAUUAUUAGGCAAGAGUGUGCCAAAUUGAAUUGUAUUUCUAUCUCUCUGUUUCGAGUGGUUCUUGAAAAGGACAAAUUAGUGUGAGUGUGAAUGCUUUGGAUGGAAGAAUGUGAGUAUAUUAUUUUCAACUUUGUACACUUGUUAUGAUUACCAGCAUUAAAUUUAAACUAACAUUAAAAUAUCUCAAAAUUAUUCAAAGGAAUUGGCGUUCAUAGUGUAAAACGUGAGAGCGUUGCAUCUAUGCAACGUACGUAUUCAUAAAUUAUAGAUGUUUCGGUUGCCAGGAUAAUACCUAAUCACGUUCGCGUAAAAUGAGUUAAAAGAAGGUUUCAAUCUUCGAUUGAUGUAUUUCUGUGUAUAGUAAUAUAAUUUCAUGGGUUAACCCGGGAAGAAGUAAAUUAAACAAAACUAAGCUAGCACACCCUACCACAUCUAACCAGCACUAAGCAAACGUAGAUGAUAGAAAUGAGAGGAAAAGUUUCGCUAAAGUGUUUAACAGACAUAACGAUGAAGCAUCGAUGCGUAUACCGCCGUAUCCAUGAGACGCAGUUAAAGAACAAACAAUAGCAUUUUUGAGUAAUAUUUUAAUCGACCGAAUCCAUUGCCUAUACCAAUGGGGCACAGUUGUCGUUGUCGAGGCAGAACAGAGCGAAACAGAUUUGUUUUCAUUCGCGUGGAAUUGACCGGGUAACAGUUACCCUAGAGGGCGGAGUAAAAAAAGAAAAUAAAAUAAAGACAGCCAGCAAUGUUCGAACCGUCGAUUACGUCAACGAUUUGCGUACAUUCAAGAAUCACACCAAGGUAACAUUUUUUACAAGACAUGCAUAACCAGGAUCGUGUAGUAACAUUACUAUCAUAGUAGUUAAGUGAAAUGCAGUGCGCGCAGCGGCAUGUUCGUCGCGUAAAUAAUAAUAAAAUCGAUGAUUUUGUUUAUGGCUUACUCGUAAUUACUGAACAGUUGGUACUAAUAUCGGCGAGUCGAAUCACGAAUUCAAAUGCCUAUGAGCGAUAAUAAAAAAAAGGUAAAAAAUUA